CCCGGUCAUAGAUGGUUCUUUUAUGUACACUUGUACAGUAAUGUGCUCAGCUGCCAUGGCUUGGAGUGAACAGUACACAGCGUUUUGCACGUUACAAAGUUUCACCUACUAACAUUAGUUGUCUUCUUUCCCAACUACCAAUAUUGUUAUCCAUCCACCCUCCACUUCUCUUCUAUGUUGUUUUUUGGGUUUGUGCACCAUCAUUAUUCCCCACUCACUACUGUUAACGGCUUUCCAUUUCCUGUCAUUGUGGAGCCAUCAAAACCCUUCAAUUCAAUAGUGAGGGAAACGGAAGGCGUUAUAUAUAACUCAGCCAAAGGAAACUCCAAAUUAAAACCCGGCAAUGUCUCCUUGAGUUGACUUCGGUUCUUUCCUCCCUCUCUAGUCUCUUCCCGGCGGAAGAAAAGAAAUUCCGACAAUGGCGUACACUUCCACCGCUCCGAAUCUCUCCUUCCCCUUCAAACAACCCUCUCCACUCCCACUCUCCGAUCACCACCACAUCCGCCGCCACACCCUCCGCUUCACCACCACCGCCGCCUCCUCCUCCCCUCUCCACCACUCCAACGACCCCAACAAGAACAAACCCCAAAUUCCCCCUCCUUCCGCCGCCCCCGCCGCCGCCAUCGUCGACACCACCACCACAACCACCUCCCGAUUCGCCGACGACCAGCCCAGAAAGGGCGCCGACGUCCUGAUCGAAGCCCUGGAGCGCGAAGGCGUCCGCCACGUCUUCGCCUACCCCGGCGGCGCGUCCCUCGAGAUCCACCAGGCCCUGACCCGAUCAAAGCUCAUCAAGAACACCCUCCCCCGCCACGAGCAAGGCGGCGUGUUCGCCGCCGAGGGGUACGCCCGCUCCUCCGGUCGAGUCGGCGUAUGCAUCGCCACUUCCGGCCCGGGAGCCACCAACCUCGUCAGCGGCCUCGCCGACGCCAUGCUCGACAGCGUCCCCCUCGUCGCCAUCACCGGCCAGGUCCCCCGCCGCAUGAUUGGCACCGACGCGUUUCAGGAAACCCCAAUCGUCGAGGUAACCAAAUCGAUCACCAAGCACAAUUACCUCGUCACCGACGUCGACGAAAUCCCUAGAAUCGUACGGGAAGCCUUCUACAUCGCGUCAACGGGUCGACCCGGCCCGGUCCUCAUCGACAUCCCCAAAGACGUCCAGCAGCAGCUCGCCGUCCCGAACUGGACCCGAACCGUCAAUCUGCCGGGCUACACCGCCCGGCUCCCGAAAUCGCCGGAGACUUCUCAAUUGGAACAGAUCGUUCGAUUGAUCUACCAAUCGAAGAAGCCGAUUCUCUACGUCGGCGGCGGGUCUUUGAAUUCCAGCGAGGAGCUCCGUCGAUUCGUCGACCUCACGGGAAUUCCCGUAGCCAGCACGAUCAUGGGGCUGGGAAGCUUCCCCUGCGACCACGAUCUCUCCCUCCAAAUGCUCGGAAUGCACGGGACCAUGUACGCCAACUACGCCAUCGAUAACGCCGAUCUCCUCCUCGCGUUCGGAGUCAGAUUCGACGACCGUGUCACCGGGAAGGUCGAAACGUUCGCCAGCAGAGCUACAAUCGUCCACAUCGACAUCGACUCGGCCGAAAUCGGGAAGAACAAGCAGCCGCACGUCGCCAUGUGCGCCGAUUUGAAGCCGGCCUUGCAGGGCCUGAAUUCAAUCAUGGAGAAGAAGGGAUCUCAAUUCAACCUCGACUUCACCCCCUGGAGAGAAGAAGUUGCCGAUCAGAAGCAGAGAUUCCCAUUAAAGUACAAAACAUUCGGCGACAUGAUCCCUCCACAGCACGCCAUCCAACUGCUCGACGAAAUGACUCAAGGAAACGCGAUAGUGAGCACAGGGGUGGGUCAGCACCAGAUGUGGUCAGCACAGUACUACAAGUACAAAAACCCUCGGCAGUGGCUCACUUCGGCGGGCCUGGGCGCCAUGGGGUUCGGCCUGCCAGCCGCUGUUGGAGCUGCAGUGGCGAACCCAGGUAGGACCGUGGUCGACAUCGAUGGGGACGGCAGCUUCAUGAUGAAUGUGCAGGAACUGGCGACGAUUCGGGUGGAGAAUCUCCCCGUGAAGAUCAUGGUGCUGAACAAUCAGCAUUUGGGGAUGGUGGUUCAGUGGGAGGACAGAUUCUACAAGGCCAACAGGGCGCAUACUUUUCUGGGGAACCCGGCGAAUGAAGAGGAGAUUUUCCCCAACAUGUUGCAGUUUGCUGAGGCGUGCGGGAUCCCGGCGGCUAGAGUUACGAAGUUGGGGGAUCUAGAGGGGGAGAUGAAGAAGAUGCUGGAGAGUGAAGGGCCGUACUUGCUGGAUGUGAUCGUGCCUCAUCAGGAGCAUGUUUUGCCGAUGAUACCAAGUGGUGGCGGGUUUAAGGAUGCUAUCAAUGAAGGAGAUGGGAGGAGUUUGUAUUGAUAGUAGUAGCAACUAGUAAGGAUGGUACUAGUUUUUACAAAUAAAUGUUGUCUCUCGAAUGUGUAUAAGCCACCUUGUUCUCAUGGUUAUCUAUAAUUUUGUAUAUAAACUCUUACAUUAAGAACAAGUAAGCGAUAUGAAACAAUAAUGUGUCAUUUGAUUUGGGAUUUUUGGGCAAACGAUCUCUCGUACUUGAGUUGUUUGCAACGAUAUUAGGUUCAUAUAUAGGGUUUGUAUAUUUGCGUUUGAGCAUAGAUGAUGAUGUUGAUAUUGUACUAAUUCAAUCCUACUGUAGUCAUAUGAUUUGUAUAUGGUAUAACUCAUAAGUGAUCUGUCUAUUGCUUUGUUUCGAUUCUUUACAUUACAUUGCCCUCUUAUUUCUAUUUCAAUCUUACUUAUAAGGGUAAUGACUAUUUAUUAGCCAAACCUUUCCGAAUUCGUGUUUAUUAGCCAAACCUAUCAAAAUACUAAUAAUUAGCCAAAUGUUAA